AUGACUGAAAUGAGCUUAAAAAACUGCCACAUCGGCGUUUAAGAUCAAAAGCAAAUCUAAGACCCUCUUUAAUGCAAUUUAAUUAUGAAUGAUGAAGAAGCCCAUAAAAAUUACCAUUUCUAAGCAGAUUAGUCAACUUUAAUGGUGAAGAUUAGUGAUGAAUCUAUCUUCGAAAAAGAAAAUGAAAUAGUUCAUCUUAUUAAAGCGCAUCCUAAUAUUAAAAAACUAAAUAUAGUUUUAAGUAAGGGAACAAUCACAAUUAUAUAAGCUAAGCUGAUAGGUGAAAAGCUAAGAUAGAUAAAGAAUUUGGUUGAAGUAAACAUUCUGUUUCACUGA